GGCACUAUAUAAGCAUCACCACUUACCUUAAUUUGUUAUAUCAAGUAAGAAAAGACUGCUGAUUAGAUUGCAUCAAAAUUUAGAACUAUGGCUUGUCAGACCAAAGUGGUGAUGCUUCUUAUUCUCGCCACAGUAGCUUUGGCAACCAAUUUUGAUGAGCUUGUGAAAGUAAACAGCGGAGGUUACUCAAGCUGUCCAUUUGGCUGGGUGGAAUACGGCGGACGUUGCUUCACAUAUCAGGCCCACAGUUUGAACUGGGCUUCGGCUGAGAAGCACUGUCUGAAUUAUGACGGACACUUGGUCUCAAUACACAGUGAAGAUGAAUAUCAGCUGGUUAAGGCUCUUAUCCGUGCUCAUGACCACAAUGAGAAUCCAACAUGGAUCGGCCUCAGUGGCUGUCAGAAGAUGUUUGACUUUUUUUGGUCUGAUGGCACCAAACUCACUUUUACUAAGUGGGAUUUUGGAGAACCAAAUUUUCUAUUCGGAGAGUGCUGUGUGAAUGUAAAUUGGCCUUGGCCUGGCACUAAGAGAUGGAAUGAUGUUCCAUGUCUGUGGAGCUAUCCCUUUGUGUGUGCCAAGAAGAUUUACUGAAAUGCGCCCUGCUUCACCUUGCCUUAUGUUGGAAAAAAUAUUUUCUUUCACUGAUGGAUGUAAAAAAAAAACAUUUAUUAAGGCAAUUUACACAAUUAUUUUCUGUUUUCCAUGAAAAGUUAUCAUUUUGGUGUUAUUUUGAAAUGAACUCUUGAAAAAAUAAAUCCAUCUAUCCCACAA